UCAAGCUGUUUUUCCUUGUGUCAAAAAGGAUGUCUGGAAAACAAAAGAGUUCUUCGCCGGAAAUUAAUGCCUGCAAGGCCAUUAUCAAGAGAUUGUUCUCCAGUUCCUACAAACAUAUAGCCUGGGUCUUCUACGAACCUCUGGAUGCCCAGCUUUUGGGUCUAAACGACUACCAUGACAUUGUAAAGGAACCCAUGGAUCUAUCUACCGUAAGACAUCGUGUGAAUGCGGGCUGCUAUCAGAGUGCCGCGGAUUUUGUGAAGGAUGUGAGGCUGAUUUUCUACAACACCUACUUGUAUACGAAUCCUGGCCACCUGUGCUACCAAAUGGCCAAAAAGCUGCAGAUUAUUUUCGAGGAAAUGUAUGCCCAAGUUCAGUUAUACAUAACCAAUGGCAAAGUAGUGAGUACUGAAAAUGAGAGUUCCUCGAGCUCCUCGGAUGAAUCGGAUGAAUCGGAUGAAUCGGAUGACUCGACAUCGACAGAAAAUGAACCGAGCACUCUAGAGGCUUACUCUUCCAUUAGGAAAAAUCCCCCAGAAUGGACUUCGCCGAACUUCUCACCACCUGUAAGUCACCAGAAUCCCUUCACUACCGAAGAGGAUCUAGAUUUGCAUGCCAAGAUUCAACAGCUGGACGGCGAAGUGCUGCUCCAUGUGAUUCACCUAAUCCGAAGGAUGGAAAACGCCGAAAACUGCAACAAGGAGCUGGAGUUCGACGUCUGCCAACUGAAGGCGCACACCAAGCGCUCCAUCCUGGAGUACUUGGCCAGCAAGGGAAUCACCGGGAAGAGAGUGGCCCGCAACAAACCCAAAUACAUCUGAGACUGAAAUACCAAAGUGUUUUUAUUUUUAACU